CACAAGCAUAGUGAUGACGAGGUUAGAUUUCAAUUUUGUUUUAACGUUCCAAUAUUUAUCUUAUAAUUCAAUUCUCACAUGUGGAGAAUUCAGAAAGCUUCGCUAUCUUCGUGGCUAUGGGAAUGAAAGUUGACCAUUGGGAUAUUUCUGUCCUUGUUGUUUAUUUGGUAGCUCUGCUGUCAACUGGAUUAUAUUCUCUAUUUACUCACCGACGUGGAACUAUUACUGACUACUUUCUAGCUGGGCGAUUUGUUACGUGGCUUCCGAUUGGCGCCUCUCUAUUUGCCACUAACGUUGGUAGUGAGCAUUUUAUCGGAUUGGCUGGUUCUGGAGCAGCGUCAGGGAUAGCUGUUGGGGCAUUCGAAUUGAAUGCUUCAGUCAUACUGCAACUACUGGGUUGGAUUUUUCUUCCGGUUUAUAUUGCUAGUGGAGUCAGUACUCUCCCUGAAUACAUGAAAAAGCGUUUUGGUGGAAAUCGUAUCCAAAUGUAUCUGGCUGUUAUUUCUUUAGUGCUGUACAUUUUUACUAAAAUUUCCGUGAACUUAUACUCUGGCUCUCUGUUUCUAGCAGAAGCCUUGGAAUGGAAUACAUGGCUUUCAAUUAUUAUACUUCUUAGUAUUACAACGCUUAUUACAGUAACAGGUGGGCUUGCUGCUGUCUUGUACACUGACACCCUUCAGUUUUUCGUCAUGAUCUUUGGUGCCACUGUGCUAACAAUACUAAGUUUUAUCAAAGUUGGCGGUUUUCAAGGACUCCUUGAUGCAUAUGGAGGAGCUAUUGCCGAAGUUAACAUAUCAUCUAGGGAAGGCGGAAACCUGUUAAAUACGAUGAUAUUGACAGCCAAGGAGAAAAAUAUAACAUCACUACUCCAGUUAUCUAAUGAACCGACAAUUGAUUCUCGUUUAAGAUGCAGUCUCCCCUCGCGAAAAGCGUUUAAAUUAUUAAGAGAGAUAAAUGACCCAGACAUGCCAUGGCUUGGUUUCUUGCUUGGACAAACUCCUUCUUCUAUUUGGUAUUGGUGUGCUGAUCAGAUGAUGGUUCAACGUACAUUGGCAGCAAAAAGUUUGUCACAUGCCCAAGGUGCAACAUUAAUGACUGGGAUAAUAAAACAAAUCCCAAUUUUUAUUAUGGUUAUUCCAGGAAUGAUAAGUCGUGUAUUAUAUCCAAAUGAGAUUGGUUGCUUCCCUGGUUCUGAUUGCCUUAAAAUUUGUGGACAUCGUAAUGGUUGUUCAAAUAUGGCAUAUCCAAAACUUGUGAUUGAUCUAAUGCCUUCUGGUCUUAGAGGUUUAAUGUUGACUGUAAUGCUCGCAGCUUUAAUUUCUGAUCUGACAUCAAUUUUUAAUUCUGCAAGUACGUUAUUUACAGUGGAUAUAUAUCAAAAGUGGCGACGAAAUGCUCAAAAUAUUGAAUUGAUGAUUGUGGGUCGUGUGUUUAUCGCAGUAUUAGUCGGGUUAAGUGUUGCAUGGAUUCCAAUAAUGCAACAGUCUCAAGGAAGUGAACUGUAUAUUUACAUUCAAGCGAUUGCUGCCUACUUUUCACCUCCUAUAGCAUCAGUAUUUUUAUGCGCUAUAUUAUGGAAACGGUGUAGUGAAAAGGGCGCUUUUUUCGGUCUAAUUUAUGGAUUUAUUAUCGGUUUUAUUCGAAUGAUUCUAACGUUUGUGUACACUGAUCCAAUCUGUGGUGAAGACGAUACACGACCAUGGAUCAUUAAAAACAUUCACUAUAUGUACUUUGCUAUGUUUUCAUUUGGAUCUACAAUAAUUUUAGUUGUGAUAGUUUCAUUCUUUAGUUCAUCACCAAUACUGAGUCAAUUACAUCGGUUAACUUAUUGGACAGCUUGGGAUUCAAGCAAGGAAGACUUUGAUGAUCAAAUGAAUCAUUCAUCCCUUUCCAUCAACUCUCAGUUACACACUGACAAUAAUGUUAUAACUGUACAGGAAAAUGAGUCUAAAUCUGAUUAUCUAUCAGAAUUGGAGACUGAUAUCAAUAAACCAAAUUCAAGAAAUCUAUUCAAAUCUAUUUGUUUAUGGUUAUGUGGUUUAGAAAAUACUCCUUGUUCAAGAUUUUCUAAACUAACUGACAGACAACAAGAAACCAAUCAAGUUAGACUUAAUAAAAUAUCUAGUCUUCAUCAAGAUCCUUCAGCAAAAUUAGGAUUACAAAUUGGUCUAAUCGCUAUUAUAUGCUUAACUAUUUUUGCUUAUCUAUUUUAUUCAUUAUAUUUUAAUGAAAUCAAUAUAGGUCCAUUACCUAUAAUAGGUAAUUUAACUUCAUUACAUAAUCAACAAUAUUCGGAGUAUAUUACUUAUUUACAAAAUCAGAAUAUUAUAAUAUUUCGGGAAAAAUAAUCAUUUCCAAUUCUUCUUAAUCAUGUUGAUUCUACUUAUUUAUUAUUAUCAUCAUCUAAAACAUCGUUUAGUUAUAACUUUCUAUUUUGUUAUAUAAUGUAAUACUACUAAAUUGAAUUAAGUACUAUAAUAUGUGUAAUGAAUUGAAUGAUA